AUGCAUGUAGGGUACCUGGAGACUUGCGGCGUGCGGCGUGCGGCGUGCGGCGGAAGGGUUCGUCUGCACCGCGCGGGCGCAUGGCCGAGACGCAGAGACGCGCCAUCUGGGGGGGGGGGGGCGCCGCCAUUCCUCUUCCAUGCCAGACCAGCCGGCCCGGAGCCGAUGUCUGCCAACGUUGUGCAUGCGGUGCACACCGAGUCUCCCGUAUGUCAUGCACGAGCCCACUUCACGCGGGCCUUUCGUUUUCGGAACGAUACACGUUACGAUGCCGCAAGCAGAAGAAUAUGCAACGUCCUGACGAACUUGUGCUGCGGAAUGCAAUGCGGUCUGCCACACCACUAUGUCUUCCGUUCCGGCCUCCUACGAAACCUCGUACGGAUACCUACGCUUCCCAUGCUUUUUUGGGCCUCGAAAGUUCAUGACAUCCCCCAGAAUAUCUCCGACGCCUCCUUCGAAUGUCCCGCCGUCAGCUACCGACAAGCCCCAAACACAUCUUUGCCUCCCAUCAAAGUCAAAAUCAUUCCAUCGAGACCGGGAAUGUGA